AACUUGCCUUUGGUAAUGUUCACGAAGUCCGUGCGUUCGCGAAAUGUCUGUUUUUUUUCGCUUGUAUCACCGUUUGCCGGCAUUGCCACUGUUCUUCGUGCGUUAAACAUUGAGAUGACAGUAAACCAGUGCUCCGAUCUACGCGGCUGAGUUGGGCCGCAGCUCUUUCGGCUGGUGUUCGUUUCCUCUAGGUGUUGCUUUCAUAAGGCUGCUGACCACACCUCGUCACCUGUUGAACGUGCGCCCCAGGUUAAGCAAGAGCUCCCACGCAGCCAGCUACGGUGUCACCGCCUGUGCAGGUUGCAAGGUCAGCGCAGGAAAAUGCAACCUGGUGUCAGGUCACAGAGCUUAGGCUCAGAAGCAGAAAGUUGUACGACCGUCUUCACUUUACUGCCGUACGCAAGCUGAUUGGACAAUGUUGCCUGACCAGCCUGUUGCCGAAUAUCGCUGAUUUGUGCCUCAUAAACCAGGUCUUGGACAUUCAGGGUGUUCCUCAGGGCAAAAAUGGCGUCUUUGCUGGCCAGAAGAGACGUCUGACGAUUGAAGCGAAGACGAAGAACGCUCUCUAAGCGUGUCUAGGGUGUUCUCGAGGACAGUGACGUAAGAGCACGCGGGCUCUACAGGCUAGCUAGAUAAGCUUAGGAGAGAGACAUAAAACCCUAUUUAAUUAAAUUUAGCUUUUCACAGAUAGGCGACGUUCAGGCGGCGGCGACUGACGGCCACCUCUUCUGCUCUUUUCACUGGCCGGAGUUGGGUAUCCUGGCUGGCGUUGUGGAGGAUCUCGCCUUCUCCCGCGUGUCGAAAGCAUAACGAUGCGGUGCUUCGUGCCCGGCUGCAACACCCGUUACGCCAUAGGAGGAAAGAGUUCUUGUUCUAUGUUCCGGCCACCGGCCGACCCCGAUCUGCGGCGUCGGUGGGAGCUGAACAUCGGGAGGACGGACAGGGGGCUCACUCGCAAUGACAAGGUGUGCUCGCUGCACUUCGAGAAGCGCUUCGUGUCCGACAGGUAUUACAACGUACAUGCGGGAAACGUGCUGCUCAACGAGGGCAAGCUUCCGAGGCUCCGGAGAGACGCGGUGCCAACCAUUUUCGACGAUCACGGUGUCUGUGGUUGUGGCGGCGUGCAGCGGGAUUCGUCCGCGGUUGCUGCUUCGCAAUGGCCGCCAGUUGAAGCACAGGAUACGUCGAACGAAUCUCAGUCAUCGGCCGAGACGAAGUCUCGGCUGAACGCCGACGCUGACGUUCAGUGCGCUGAGCCUGAUGGACAUCGUGUCAGCGUGAAGAGAGAAGACGGCUGUCCUUCUGAUGAAAGCCACUCUAGGAACACUGAACUCUGCGCCGAAGGGAAAAAGAUCGCUGACCUUUCUGAUGACCGGAAUGUCCGCAUCAAAGUUGAAAAGGAUGAGCGCUGUUCGGAUGUGCAGAAUCCAGAGGAUGUUCUCCAUGGGGAGGACAGGCCCCUGAUAAGACCCGUUUGUGACGUCGAUUCCGACGGCGCGCGCGUUGACUGUGGCGUCGAAGUGAAAAAGGAACCGGAGGAGUGCGUCGAUGAGCCUCAAGUGCCUCGCAUAGUGUGCGCAGUGGGUAGUUUCUACAACACAUCGACGACACCCGGAGUUGCCCAGCGUGUCCUCGCGAAACACCUGGUCCGCCACCCGGAGGCGGUGAAGCUUCCGUUCACCUGGAACUACCACAAGGUGAGCGCGCUCCGGUGGAACCGCGUCGUCUACAGCACCGUCGCCGUGGCGAGCGACGGCACGACUCCCGUCAUCACCAAGUUCGUCAACGUCACGACGAGUCGCGGCCACAAGGUCGAACCUGUCGAGCCCUUCGAGGCGUUCGUGUUGGACCGGAACCUGAACGUCACGUUGGGCGACCUCGCGAAGCCCACGACCAUCGAGGAGGUCGAGCGCAUGGUUGAGGCGGUGGACCGGCUGCCCACGUGCCGCGGCGGGCCGUGCAAGUUCAAGUACCCGGACGUCGAUAUCAUGCACGCUCGCGUCGACGUGCUGGGCGUCUGGAGGCGCGUCGACUGCGAGGUGUACGGCACCACUCUGUGUCGUCACUGCGCGAAGCUGGAGCCCACCCUGCGCCAGAACGCGUGUCGGAAGCGCAAGGGAAAGAAGGAGUUCUCCCGGCUCCGGAUAUCGUUGGAGUCCCUGGAACCGGCGCAGCGGUACAAGGUGGAGCUUCUCCAAAGGCGUUGCAGGUGCCUUCUCAAGAGGAUUCGGCGUCUCAAGGCUGGUGGCAGGGAGCUCUGCGGCAAAGACGACGGGGACAGUCAAGACGACGACGACGACUCGGGAGAGAGCGAAAACGAAAUGGAAUGCCCGGAGGCGCAUUCGUAACAGGGCUGUGCCUUAAGAAAAUGCAUGUGUCCUUGUCACGAGGAUUACUGUCAUAGGCGUGACCAGGCUUCUCCGUUAGGG